UCAAAAUACAAGGAAGCUGAAGGUACUAGGUUAUAGUGAAGGAAGGGGGAAAAGAAAACAAUACAACAAACAAUAACAAAAGUAUUUCGAGGGGCUGUAGAUAGCCGAGGGGCUUUACAAGAAGCCUACUUUUUUCAUAUUGAACCAGUUUGUAAAAGCUGGGAUGUGGAGUUUUGUAUUUAAUUUCCAGUUUUUUAAUGGCAGGUUUUGGAAGUUUCACAGCAAAAAGGACGAAAUCUUUAUUAGAAGUAGAAGAGUUUUAAGUUUCCGGCAACAUUUGCUUCUUAGUCUACCUUAAUUUGUUUCUUGUUUAAGCAUACUACUUCACGGAGGGCUUGAUUUCCUCUUUUUUUAUCCUGACAAGGAAACAAAUUAAGAGGCUUUGGUCGCUGUUGCAGAACGCAGCUGUUUGGGCGAAGCUGAGACGCCUAUAGACCCUUCCAACCGGUUAUGACCGUAACUGCAGCCCGAGGCUGAGCUUGGCAUUGUAGGCCAUUCAGGGAAGUUAAACACUGAUGUCUCCUUUGAGUUCCUGUACACACUAACAAUUGAUUACGUUUGGCAUUAUGAAUUUGAAAUAAAAAAAUUGGUGGUAAUAAUACAAAUAAAAAUAUACUAGGUGUUGUAUCAAACAAGGGAGACACAGGUAAAUUGUAAAAAAUGAAACUUCUAGAGAAUUCCUACUUUGAAGCAAUAAAUUCGCAGCUUACAAUUGAAACUGGAGACUGUCAGAUUAUUGGCAGAAUUGAGAGUUAUUCUUGCAAGAUGGCCGGUGAUGACAAACAGAUGUUUAAGGUGUUCUGUCUGGAAGGAGAACCCCAUGUUCUGCAGGCACUUUCCCCACCACAGACAACAGGCAUCAGCCCUAGCAAGCUGAGUCGGAGUCAGAGUGGAGAUGAGAGUGAAGGCCUACUGUCAGACAAAUGCAGCCGCAAAACUCUCUUUUACCUGAUUGCAACCCUUAAUGCUUCUUUCCGUCCAGAUUAUGAUUUCAGCCGUGCAAAGAGCCAUGAGUUUAGCAAGGAACCAAGUCUGAACUGGGUCAUGAAUGCAGUAAACAGUAGCCUCUUCUCUGCUGCUGGUGAAGAAUUUAAUGAGCUGAAACCCAAGCUAUGGCAGGCUAUCGAUGCUGAGAUUUGUCUCUCUGAAUGCGACAUUUACAGUUAUAAUCCAGAUCUCGAUUCAGACCCAUAUGGUGAAGAGGGCAACUUAUGGUCUUUCAACUACUUCUUUUACAACACAAGGCUGAAAAGAAUUGUCUUCUUCACAUGUCGCUCAGUCAGUUUAUUCAUGGCUCCGAGAGAGACUGAUUUAGAAAAUGAGUUUGAGAUAGAAUUGGAACAAGAUGAAGAAGAAGAAGAGAACAUGGAUGAAGAGGGGUAUGGUGCUGUCAAUUCUUAAAGCUUCCAAAUCGUAGUCUAUCUGGAGCUUGUAUCAGCAGAACCUAAUAUGAACCAUUCUCUCUGUUACAGAGUGCAUUCUGGGGAUGAAGUAAUCACUUAAUGCAUUUAAUUUAUGACGCACUCCUUCCAUCCUCUGUCCGUAACAUUGCUAUCAUCAGGACUCUAAGAUUGCUGGACCUAGCUAAAUAAAAUUUCCACUGUCAUUAGCUUUAAAAUGACAGUUUCACUGUAUAGUUUCUUUGAGAACUAAUUUGCACCUUAUUUCUAAGUGUUAGUUUCUUAUGUGCUUCUUAUUGUGGUUAUGUUCCUUUUGUUUUUAACAUGUAUCUGUUUUUAUAUGUUUAAGUAAUUUUAAUAUUUUAUGUAUUAAAUAUUGCAGUGAAUUAGCUUGAGUUCUAGAGGUUCACAUUUUGUACUGGACAUGGCUGAUGAUUGCCAGUGAAAAGGCUUAACUUUCAUGGGUGUAGGUAUUUAAAACUGACUACCCCCCCCCCCCCACACACACACACACACGCUUAAUGUUCACACACCUAAAAAAAAAAAAGAAAUGCACACCUCUCAGUGUUACGUUUAGAGGCUGAAGAAAUGCAUGCUUCUUUAACUGCUGCCCCUUCAGCAAUAAAAGACCGUUUUAGAAGAGUCUUCCUAUCUUUAAGCAUUCCUUGUACGGGUGUGUGUUGCAUAUAUUGCUUUAGACAGUUAAUGUACUGGGUUUUGCCAGCCUUAAUUUUUUUUGUAAGAUGCUUUUAAAAUAUACUCACUUUAGUACAUGUAAUGAGAGGGUCUGACUGGCUGCUUUUAAUUUUGCUGCCUUUGUUAUCUUGCCGCCCUUUGGGAAAGGAGGGUUGAUGAGAAGACUUUUAAUUGCAGCUGUAUUUACUGUUGGCUGGUAGUUUUAUUGCAUUUGUAACAGCUGCACACUACCAGUAUAUGAUUCUGUUACCUUUUACUUAUACUAGCAGUUUGUCUUUUUAAAUAUCCCAUGUGUAGAAUACAUUCCACUUUAUUUUGUUGCAGGUUGCUUUGUAUUCAGGCAUUCAGGUUAUGCAGGCCUUCCUUUCCAACUUGUUUCUAAGUUGUGCUGUGACUGUGUAGAAGGUAGCAUAACCUGUUAAUUUAUCAGUGGACAACUGAAAUAUUCUGAAUCAGAAUUGGUUUUGUUGCUUUGCAUUGGUGUGUCAACAUUUACUUGCAUGUUGCGUACUGGACCCAUAAGUUUAGAGUCAGAAUCUCGCAUUGUAAUUGUUACAGUCCCAUUAUGAGAUAGCAUCUAAAGGCAAUUUGCAAAAUUUGUUAUGCAAAUAUGCAUGUUUUAUUUUUGCAUCAUUAAAGUGACAUAAGUAAAAUUUUGUAUUGUUUAAAAUAUUUCAGCAUUGUACAUCUAAUAGGAUUUUUGAGGAAGCCAUUCUUGUUUUAAAGUAUAAGACAGUGAUGGGCGGGGGGCGAUUAAAUUCCUCACACUUGUAUGAGUAAAAGAAAGUUGCAAUCCAUCUGUGAUAAAGUAUUCCAACUGCCCUUGAUCUCUUGAGAUAUAUUUGUAGUAAUGCAGAAGCAACUGUGAAGUCCAAGGCCUGGGCACUUUUCUUCUGUUAAUAAUGAUAUUGCCAGCUGAUUCACAAUUGUCUUUUUUUAGUUGUAAUUUAUUUUUAUCUUUUACUAUUGUCACAUUUGUUAAAUAUUAUUCUGAAGGGAGGCAUGCUACAUUUGUAUGAAGGAGUGCAGUUUAAUUGGAACGUUUUCAUGUGUUAAAUCUACUUGUGGCUUUCUGAUGUCAGAUUAUGGAUUAAGAUUUUAUGUGGUGCUAUAGGAUGCGUGCUCAUGUCUAGUAAGAAGGGGAAGAGUUCCCAUCUCAUUAAAGGUAUUUAGUUACUGUCCCGGUAAAGAGACUGCAGUACUGUUGAAUUUCCUAGUCGGAUCCAGUUCAUGGUGAAGGGCAAGUGUCAGUGCAGACUUAGUAAGAGAAACCUGUUCCUUUCUCCAUCUGGUUAGUUGCAUUACACUGACUCUUAUGACUGGAUACAUCUUGGAUUGUUUGCAAAUGGCUGCUUUUUAUGUGGCGUUGCUGCCGUAUUCUCUGAUGCAAGAAAAGAAACAGAGUUUGGCAUGAUUUUGUAACUUGAUAACAUACUUUAGUCAUUGGUUAAGUUUAUUUAAUGUUUAUUUUUUUCCUAAAUAGAGAGACCAGUAUGUCCUCACAGGAGCUGCAAAACACUGUGUAUGAUCUUGCACGUUUUUAUGAGGCAAGUCAAAAUGCAGAGAGAGACUUUAAAACAAAAAAAAUGACUAUAUAGGUAUUGUUUACCUUAUUCAUAAAGUGUUCUGUGAACUCCAAUGUUGUAAUAGGCACUGGUGUUAUUCACUGCAAAACAAAUUCAUGUGAACAGUUUGAAUUUUGAAAACCAGAUGGAGUCCGCAUAUAUACAAAAAAUAGUGCUUUAAUCCUCCUCCUGCUACAGUGUUUAAAACUUGAUAUAAGUAUAUAAUGUAUAAUAACAAUAAAGAGCAAUUUGUAAACCACAGCCGCAACCAAGCCAUUGUCUGUAACGUGGAUUAAGCAGAUAACUGGAAAAAGGAAAGAAGGAAGGAAUUAGCUUUUUCAAGUGUGCAAGUAUUUACAAAAUAUUGCAGUGCGGGUAAUGACUUUUGUGUUGGAAAACUUGAUAUGUUUUGACAUCAGAAAGUCAUAAUGCAGAUAUUGUGGCAUCAGUACACUGGUACUUUAAAAUGGACAGUUUAAUGUAUUUUUUUUUUGUGGAGACUGUAAAACUUGCAACAUCCUUUUUUACAGCAUGUCCUCUUUUUCCAUCUUUAAAGCACUAAGUAAAUGGAAUGUCAGCCCUUCUAAUAUUUGUCAGUUAAUUCUGUUUGUGUGUAAUCAAGGUAAGAGAAUGAAUGAUAAUAUAACAGCAAGCUUUGAGAGGUCCUGGAAGUAUCUGUAAUGUUCAGGGUCCGUGUAGUAGUCUUUUCUUGGUAAGCUUUAGCUUAACAAAGAGGAAGGUACUAGAAAAUUGCACAUAUGUUAAGUCAUGCUAAUCACUUGGAUUCUUCAGGUUGCAUUCCAUACGUCUUCACUUUGCUGUGUAUUUAAACUCUGUGUAGAAUUAAGGGAAGUGUCCAGCAGUUGCAGGGAGUAGCCACCCCCUUAUUGUGGUAUCAAGUGCUCCCGUAAGACAAAAUUCUGGCUACAUUGGUAGUAUUUUCAUAAUACAGUACAUUAGGGAUUUCCACCCCCUCUACUUUUGUUGAUAGUUGCUGCUUGGCUUACAAUCUACUGGUGUAUGACUAAUGAGAAAUUGGAUUACGUGGAGACAUGUUACAUGGAAGUAACUGGAAAGUAAAGAACGUGUGAUACAUAAUUUGUUUUAAUGGUUACCUGAAGGUCUGUGAAACCAACAGCUUGAUGCAGCUAUUAGCUUUACAUAUUUAUAGGAGGUUAUUAGAAGGAAUUUAAGCAGAAGUCUUCUUUCUACCUUCACUAGUCCCCCUACAGCUGCCACCUUAAUUAUCAUUCAUUUCUAGCGGUGGGUGUUACCGGUCAGGAUCCCUGAGAUGAAAUGUUUUGUGCAAGUUGCAUUAUGUAAAUAUGGACCAUCCUAACCAGCACUGGUUUAUGAUGGCACUUACCACCACACAUGUGAAAUGGCUGUACUCAAGAACUGCCGGACACUUCCUUCAAGUAUCUGAUAUUCUGCCAUUUAAAUGUAUUAUUAUAGUAUAGCAGAAAAUAAUUCAUCUGUCUAUGCUACCUCUGGCCCUGGACACUCUGUGCUUGCUUGGUAGCUAAUCAUUAUGUGUUCUCAAAUUUUAGUGUUAAAUAUAAGUAGGCAGAUGCUUUGCACAGUUAGUUUGCAUUACACACCAAGAUGAUGAUGUCUUGUUCCCUGAUAGUACUAGUCAUCAGACCAAAGGAAGUCAUUUUAUGAAUUUGUACUUUUUUCUUUUAUUUACAUUUUGCAUGCAGUUACUGAUUCAGUUCUAAGAAAAUUAUCCUUGUAUUGCUCUGCAUUUCUUUGUGGAUUACACAGUAAGAUUAUUUGCUCUAAA